AUGAAAGAGAUGUUGUUCAAGAAGAAUAUCCUGGGUGUUGUUGUUGCACAUGUAUACGUAGUCGAGUUCCAAAAGAGGGGCCUCCCCCACGCACACUUUUUGUUGAUCAUGGAUUCUGCCUAUAAGCUUGUCGUUCCAGAGCAGUACAACCGACUCAUUUCUGCCGAGCUCCCAGACAAGCAAAAGUAUCCUAAACUCCACGCCUUGGUGGUGAAACAUAUGAUGCAUGGACCAUGCGGUGCUCUCAACCCCAAAAAUGUUUGCAUGCAACAGAACGAGUGCAAGUGCAGAUACCCGCGGUCGUUCAAUGAAAACACGGCACAGGGCAAGGACUCAUACCCUGUUUAUCGUCGUCGAGAUAAUGGUCGGCAGGCUAAGGUCCGGGGUAAAAUGUUGGACAACAUUUGGGUUGUGCCGUAUAACCCUUACCUUCUGCGGAUGUUCAAUUGCCACAUCAACGUUGAGGUUUGCUCCAGCAUAAAGGCCGUCAAAUACCUUUACAAGUACAUAUACAAGGGCCAUGAUAGGGCUUCUUUCAGCAUCGACCAGCCCGACGCUGAUGGUAACAUUGAUGAGAUCAAAAGAUACGUAGACGCAAGGUGGGUUACUCCUCCAGAGGCGAUGUGGAGGAUAUUUGGCUUCCCCUUGUGUGCCAAUGACCCGCCUCUCCUACAGUUGCCUCUUCAUCUCCCGAAUAUGCACAGGGUGGCAUUCAAUGAGCAAGCUCACUUGACCGACGUAGUCGCCUCUGAGAAAGCUUCCAAAUCCAUGUUGACAGAGUAUUUCAAAGCUAACCAAAACCACCCGUGGGCUAGGAAUAUAUUGUACAAGGAUUUUCCUAGAAGGUUUACAUGGCAGAAGGGUAAGAAGUAUUGGAAAGAGCGGGUGGAGCGUUAUCAGAUAGGUCGAAUUGUGUCUGCCAAUCCUGCCGAGGGGGAGCGAUACUAUCUGCGUGUGCUGCUAAACCAUGUUGCUGGCAAGACAUCCUAUGAGGACCUGCUCACCGUGGACGGUAGGCUAUGCGGGAGCUUUAGAGAGGCUGCCGAAAGGUUGGGACUCAUCGAGGCAGAUAACACGCUCGACGACUGUCUUACCGAGGCAGAGCAGUGGGCGAUGCCAUGUUCGCUCAGGAGGCUCUUCGCAACAAUUUUGGUGCACUGUGAGCCAGGCGACGUGCGUGGUUUAUGGGAUAGGCACUUCGAGCCUAUGUCUGAUGACUAUCGGCGAUCACACACGUGCCCGAUUGAGGUGGAACAGAUGGUGUUGCUUGACAUUAGGGGUAUGUUGCAGUCCAUGGGCAAAGACAUAGCUGAUUUCUCUCUUCCAUGCAUUGACGAUGCAUUCGACCCAACCGAGGGAGAGGCCAGAGAAGUGAUCGAGGAAUCCAACGUCGAUUUUGACAUCAACGACACUAAAUUGGCUUCGUCGCUAAACUUGGAGCGGAGGGUUGCAUACGACGAGAUACUAGCUUCUGUUGAACGCGGUGAUGGGGGUGUGUUCUUUGUUGAUGGACCAGGAGGUACAGGGAAGACCUUCCUGUACAGGGCGCUGCUCGCCAAGGUUCGAAGCGAGGGAAACAUCGCUAUCGCUACCGCAACGUCAGGCGUCGCCGCUUCUAUCAUGCCUGGAGGCAGGACUGCCCACUCGAGGUUCAAGAUCCCAUUGAGCUGCGACGAUGGCGCCUCAUGCACCUUCACGAAACAGAGUGGUACCGCCAAGCUACUGAGGAUGGCCUCAUUGAUACUAUGGGAUGAGGCCACCAUGACUAAGCGACAGGCGGUCGAGGCACUGGACAACAGCAUGCGCGACAUCAUGGGAAGACGGAACCGACCCUUUGGAGGAAAACCUGUUGUGUUUGGCGGGCACUUCAGGCAGGUGCUUCCGGUCGUCGGGAGGGGGUCCCGGGGUCAGAUAAUCGAUGCAACCCUUCGAAGUUCACACCUCUGGAAGGGUAUGCGCCAGCUAAGGCUCGUCACCAACAUGAGGGCUCAUAAUGACACCUGGUUUGCGGAUUACUUGCUAAGGGUAGGCAAUGGCACCGAGGAAGUUGAUGAUCAAGGAAACAUACGACUCCCUGAAGAUAUUUGUGUGCCGUCUACAGGCGAGGGUGACGACCUGGAGAAGCUGAUUGACCAUGUGUUUCCGAGACUAGAUGACAACAUGUCCGAUCCGAAUUACAUGACUUCACGCGCAAUCCUCUCCACCACGAACAACAACGUCGACAAGAUAAACAUACGCAUGGUAGAGAGUUUUCGGGGAGAAGAAGUAAUCUACCAUAGCUUUGACAGUGCAGAAGACGACCCGUAUGGCUACUACGCUCCCGAGUUCCUAAAUGGAUUGACUCCCAACGGUCUGCCUCCGCAUGCACUCAAACUGAAGCUCAACUGCCCCGUCAUACUUCUGAGGAACAUUGAUCCGGCUAAUGGUCUGUGUAACGGGAUGAGGCUUGUGGUGCGAGGUUUCGAGAGGAACGCCAUCGACGCAGAAAUCGUGAUCGGACAACACGCAGGUAGGAGGGUAUUCCUUCCUCGAAUACCCCUAUGCCCGUCUGACAACGACAUGUUUCCAUUCAAGUUCAAGAGGAAGCAAUUUCCUGUAAGGCUUAGCUUUGCUAUGACGAUUAACAAGGCUCAAGGCCAGACGAUUCCGAUUGUUGGCGUGUACCUACCUAAUCCUGUGUUCUCUCAUGGUCAACUCUAUGUCGCACUGUCUCGAGCCACCGCAAAGAGAAACAUAAAGAUCCUCAUUGAGAAGGAGAAGGAGAAGGAGAAUGCCAAGAAGCAAAGCGGUAAACCUAAGAAGCGAAAAAGACCUGCCUUGUCCUUACAAACCUCGAUGAAGAACAUCGUCUAUAAGGAAGUCCUUACAGGCUGA